GGGAGGGGAGACUAUUCUAAUGCAAUAAACAUGGCUGCUGUGGGAACAUUGAAUGAUGAAGCUUUGAAAAGAAAAGAACGAUUAAAAGCACUCCGUGAGCGACAAUCUGCUCAAAGUGAUGCAGUUCAACAAGAAGAAGAAAAAGAAACCGAGAAAUUACCAAAGCCAGUAUUUAGAAGUUAUAAGCCAGAAAGUGAUAGACUCAAAGAACUUUCCAUACAGUCAGCAAAGCCAGAAGAUGCCACCAAAUCUAUCAAAGAAGACAUGGAAACUGGCCAAACAGAUCAUGUUGUCACAGAUGUUGACUUGAGUAACUUGGCACCUCGUAAGCCAGACUGGGACUUAAAGAGAGAUAUCAGUAAAAAAUUGGACAAAUUAGAACGUAAGACACAAAGAGCCAUUGCUGAAUUGAUUCGUGAAAGAUUGAAAGCAAGUCAAGAGGACUUAGCAUCUGUCGUAAUGGGAGAGGCUCUCACACGCAAUAACACUAAAAAUAUGACUUAAUGCUUUUCGAUGUCUUCUUAAAUUAGUACUUUUCAAAUGUUCAUUAAUAGUUGUCUUUGACAAAAAGACUAAGGUUCCUAUUAAUUUAUCACUUAGGAUCAGGGGGAAAUUGAAUUCCAUAAAUGUUUCAUCUUUACUGAUAUUUUAUUAAAAAUUUGUCAAAUAGUGCAAAUUUCUAAUAAUUUAAAUAUGGUCCAUAGAAUCAUUUUUAAAAGAAGAGCACUCAAUAUUAAUCUUGUUGAUUGCCUAAGGCAUCAUAUAAACUUAAACUAAGUCCAGUUAUCCUCUUUUAAGUUGUGAUAACAGACCUAAAAUUAAGUAAAUGUAAUGAUAUUUUUCAUUGGGUUAGCUAGUGGCAGUAGUAUACAAAAAAAAAAGAAAUGAAAAGUGCCCAACUGUGUUUCCUGAAAUAUUACAUUUCUUACCAACUUUUAACUUGCCUCUGAAAGUAAAGUUGCCUUAAAUUAAAAUUCAGCAAAACACACAUUAUUUUGCUUAUAAUUAGGAACCAGAUCUGUUGACUUGUGUUUUGUGGGUCAACAUAUUGACCUGAGUUGUAUGGAUCAUCACGUUGACCCAAGUUUUGUGGGUCAUCAUACUGACAUGAGUUGAAGGGAUCUUCAUGUUGACCUUAAUUUUUUAGGUCAUCAUGCAGCCUUUGUUUUUUUUUUUUGUAAAGAUAUUUAUAAUGUUGACUUUUGUAAAUAAAAAAAAAUAAAAUGUUCA